AUGGGUGAUGACGCGUUUCAAGUUUAUGUCAAAAAAAAUACUAAGUUAUGUCCUCAAUGUCACAGCCCAAUUGAAAAAAAUGGCGGUUGUAAUCAUAUUACAUGCACAUGUGGUUUUCAGUUUUGUUGGCUUUGUAUGCAACCAUAUACUAAUGACCAUUGGAAAGUCAAUAGAAGUGGAUGUACUCAAUUUUCUUAA